AGCGCUAGGACCCCGCGGACAACCUCUUUGGAUGACACAGAACAAACUGCGAGUUGAGUUUUGGCCACUCAAACAUGGAAAAGUUGAACUGACAGCGCAUAACUAACUCGGUGCUCUGAAUUGGACGAUAGGUAGGCCUAUCAUACCGCCACCGGGGGAUUGUUUUUGUGGAGAGAUCGAUUUUGGGAAUCAGUGUCUACGUGCGCAACUGAAGUUAUAUUUUAUUUGUUUUGAUUUAGGCUGCUGUGCAAUAGUAUGAUUUUUAGUGUUUGACGUUUGCUCUGGGAGUCAAAGGAGUGCUGAACAUUAAUAAUUUAACCAAAUGGAUUAUGUUCAUUUGGCGCAAAAACCCUUAUAAGAAGUUGUUUUGUUGUAAUGUUCUGGAUAUGUUUUCGCAGUAUACCUUGCUAAGUGAGUGAUGAUUGAUUUGGAUAUGUCAGCACCGCUGAGCGCUUAUCCACACACUCCAUCAUUCCUGGACUGGGGAAAGUAAGAAACCACCUGUUGUGAAUGCUUUCUGGAUCUUCCCACGGAUCUACCUCGGCUGCUAAAACAAGACAUUGGAAAGGCGCGCGCAGAACGCACAGAGACAUUUAAUGAUGUUGCCAUGGUGGCGCGGGUUAGGAUGAGGAGUCCUGUCUUGACCACCGGUUGCUGUUGCGCUCAGAAUGGCUCGCGAGGACGCGGUGAGGUGCCUGCGCUGCCUGCUCUACGCUAUCAAUUUACUCUUCUGGCUCAUGUCGAUAUGUGUCCUGGGGGUGGCUGCUUGGCUCAGGGACUACCUGAACACUGUACUCACCUUGACGGCCCACACCAGGCUGGAGGAAGCAGCAGUUCACGUAAUUCUCCGGCUGUGUCAUCCCGUCAUCAUUGCAGUGUGUUGUUUUCUGUCAUCGUGGCAUGGUGGCUACUGCGGCACACUGAAAUGCAACCUUCUACUCCUUCUUUUUGGCAGUCUGUUGGUGAUCUUCUGUGUAGAGUUGGCCAGUGGGGUGUGGACGUAUGACGAGCCCUCAGUUCAGAGGUCAGAUAUAAUCAGUCUGAAGUCCAGGAUGCCCAACUAUGGCCUGCAGCGUUACCAGUGGCUAACACACACCUGGAACACCUUCCAGACUGAGUUUAAGUGCUGUGGGGUCAUCUACUUCACCGAUUGGCUGGAGAUGACAGAGAUGGAGUGGCCACCAGACUCCUGCUGCUCCAAUCAGUAUCCAGGAUGUGCUCGCCACGCCCACUACCGUGACCUCAGUGAYCUUCACCAAGAGGGCUGCGGGCCGAAGAUCUACAGUUUCACGGGGACUAAGCAACUGCAGGUGCUGCGUUUCCUGGGUGUGUCUAUAGGAGUGGCCCAGAUUCGCAUGACCCUGACCCUAACCCUGCUCUGGCCCUCUACUCGACCGCAAGCCCCCGAGCCCACCCCACCCGAACCCCCCCCAGAACCGACCCUGGACCUCUAA